AUGCGCUCAUUGCCAGAGGACCUGGCGAUCCAGUACCGAAAGCUCACUAAGACCGGCGCAGACGCCGCGGACUCUGCAGUCCAAUCGAGAGACGAGCAAGUCAAGGCAAUCUUGAAGUUCCUUCAAGUGGAAGUCGAAAGUAGAGAGGAGAGUCGAGCGUCACGCGAGAAGGCCACUUCAGGGAGACCGUCGACGAACCGCAGGGCUGCGGACACCUCACCACCGCCACAUCUACCGUCCGCUCUAGCCCUGACAGCACGGUCAUCAUCGCCAGGUGCCACUUCAAGGCCUGAACAGACAAUAUGUCCCCUCUGCGGCAUCUCAGGCCACUUGAUGCGUGAUUGCCAGGCCGCGCUAUCCGCAGAAGAAAAGCACCAGCGCCUUUCCAGCAAUAGCUGCUGCUUCAGGUGCGGGAAGCAAGGGCACAUUGCUCGCAGUUGCCGAACCGCAGCCUGGCUUAAGUGCGACCGGUGCUCAGGACGCCAUAUUUCUGCUCUGUGCGACAUCUGGGGCCGACGAGGAUUCGACAGUCCACUAUCGACUGGAGCUGAAAACCGAGAGGCGGCCACACAGCGAGAAAAGCACGUUACAACGGCUCCUACUAGCAGCACGCGUUCGUCGUCGGUGUUGCUACAAACAGCCAAAGUGUGGGCAUCCGGAACCCGUGGCUGUGUGCCAGUGCGACUGUUGCUUGACACCGGCAGCCAACGAACGUUCAUCCGGAAGGACUUGUCGCAGCAGCUUUGCCUGCAUUCCACUGGAUAUGAAGAGAUGGAUGUUUACACAUUCGGCGGGUCAAAGCACCCACGACAUUACCAGUGCCGAAGGGUGAACGUCACGCUCUGUGGACGUAUUGAGCCGAUCGUCGUCGAUGUUGAAGCUCUGGAGGUGCCAGAGGUCUGCACCGUAAAGGGUCCAGCUUUAGAGCCAAACGUCAUCAAUAUGAUGCGUGACCGCAAUUUGACCUUGGCUGACGAAGUUCAAGGGCACCAACCUCAAGACUCUACGAUAAGCGUUUUGAUCGGUUCAGACCACUACUGGAGGGUAGUGACCGGACGCGUCGAGCGCUUCACCGACAAUCUCUGUGCAGUUGAGACCAUAUUUGGCUGGGUCAUUCAAGGAAUGUGCGCUAACGUCUACCAUCCUUCGACACCGCGUAACAUCAGUGCAACUGCCUUGUUCCUGGCUUGUUCCGACGACUGGCGCACUGAAGUCCGACCUAGAGACCCAUCUGAGAUGUGGCGCUUUGACGCCAUCGGUAUAACUGACGGACAAGAAGACGACGUCAGCAAGCACCCAGCACUCGUCCACUUUCGUAGCGCAGUACACAAGAACGCAGGACGCUACGUAAUACCGCUCAUGAUCAAGACGCAAGGUCUCACGUCUUGUAGUAACCUAAGUGUGGCUGAAACCAGACUCAAGCGUCAGCUUCAGCGGUUGGAACAUGACCCAAAAGUUCUGAAGGAGUACUAUGCCACCACCAGCGAGUGCUUUGAUGAAGGCCAUGCAGAGCGAGUAGUGCCGUCUGCACCCCUUGGACAGGCCGUCUACUACCUGCCUCACCAUGCGGUAGUCCGACGUGAGGCCGUGACUACAAAGGUCCGCGUCGUGUUCGACGCCUCAUCGCAUGAAUACGGUGAACCGUCUUUGAACGACAUGCUCGAUAAAGGCAUCAAGCUGGGUCCUGAACUCUUGCAGCUACUCUUGCAGUUUAGGAGCAGCAAAUUUGUUCUCACCGCGGAAAUCCGAAAGGCCUUCCUCCAGAUAUGGAUCCGAUCGGAAGACAGAGACGCUCUUCGCUUCUUGUGGAUCGACCAAUUACCGACACAUGAGCAUCCCGUCCCAACAAUCAUCGAGUGGCGCAUGACCCGGGUCCCUUUCGGAGCAUCUUCCAGCCCGUUCUUGUUGUCAGCAACCCUACAGCACCACCUCGAAACAUGGAAGACGAAGCACCCGGACAUCGUCGCCCGCCUACAACGGUCAUUCUACGUGGACGACUUAGUCAUCGGCGCGUCUUCCGAAGAGGAGGCAUUGGAGAUUUACCGAGAAGCGAAUGCUAUCGUUACCGAUGCGGGAAUGGAAUUGAGAAAAUGGUGCUCAAACUCCCGCCUUCUCUGCGACCAGUUCUUGAACGACGGCCUCUCACUAGAGAAUGUCACCGAGCAGAGCUCUAAGUCCAAGGUGCUUGGUCUGCUGUGGGACCGCUCGUCAGAUGACAUCAUUAUCACUACGCAAGGCGUAAUCACGUUCGUUUCCAGUCAACCGUCAACGAAGCGAACCGUUUUGCAAGCAUAUGCCAGGCUAUUCGACCCACUGGGCUUCGUCGCUCCAUUUCACGUGACAGCUCGUAUCCUGUUUCAGCGGUUAUGGCGACAAGGCAUCGAUUGGGACGAGACUCUUCCACCUGACAUUGAGGAAUUAUGGAAGAAGCGUGGCAUUCCAUCUACAGUUUACUCGGAUAACGCCAGGACGUUCCUCAGCUGUUCCGACCAACUGCGAUCGCUGCUCAGCGAGAGCGUCCAAGACCACGCAAGUGCCCACAGAAUCAAGUGGAAGUUCAUCGCCGAACGAGCUCCGUGGUGGGGAGGUUUCUGGGAGCGCGUCAUCAGGACAAUUAAGGAUGCGCUCAAACGCUGCCUUGGACGAAGCAGCCUCAGUUACGAAGAACUGCUCACUGUGUUGGCUGAGGUAGAAGCGAUAGUCAACUGUCGCCCUCUGACGCAACUCUGCGAGGACACGGAGGAUGCAGAGGCGCUGACGCCAUCGCACUUCUUAAUUGGCAAGCAUGUCGUGGGGCUACCAGCAAAGACCAACGGCUGUUUGCCUAGUUUUACCGCGCCUGACUUGCGAAGGCGGGUGAAAUACAGAGACGAGCUUCUGCACCGAUUGUGGAAACGGUGGAAGAAGGAAUAUCUGCUUCUCCUGCGCUCCGCUCAUCAAUGCCCGCCGUCGUCUUCAUCCCAGCUGCGCUUUGGUGACUUGGUGAUUGUUAAGGACGACAACGUGCCAGCGCUGCAAUGGAAGCUCGGCAGAGUGGUCGAGGCGUUUCCAGGCCAGGACGGAAUCGAGAGAUACUUCAAGAUUACAUUCCCAAACGGUCGGCAAGUACGUCGCGCCGCUCAACGGUUGUACCCUUUGGAGGCAAGCGAGCACAGCGCGGGAAACGCCAUGCCAUGCACAAGGCGCGCGAAGAAGCGGGCGUAA